AUGAAGGAAGAAAUUAAUGCUGCACUUGAUUUACUUGUAUCUUAUGCUUUACGUUUUGGUUCAAUAAAAGAAGAACGUAUUGAAAAAUUUCGUACACAUCUUCAAAAAGUUUUACUUGAACGUUACCAAGGCCAUUGGUAUCCUGACAAACCUGUCAAAGGACAAGCUUAUCGUUCAUUAGAAUUUAAUAAAGAAAAUGGUUAUCGUGAUGCUAUUGUUUCUCAAACAUGUAAUGAUUUGGGAUUUGCACCUAAUCUACUCGGUAUACAACAUGACAUAACAUUAUGGAUUGAUCCAUAUGAAGUAACUAUUAGACUUGGAAAUCAUGCAUCACCAAAAGAAAAUCAACAAUUAUUAGUUGCACGUUUUGAUAGAGAAGGAAAUGAACUAGUCAAAAAUGAUCUCGAUACAUUAUUUACCCAAAGUCGUAUACCCAUGGUUACGAUAAAUACAUUACGAUUAUCACCAACAAGUAGUUCAUCAUGUGAUUCAGCUAGCUGUUCUGGUUCAACAACACCACAACGUACAUCAUCACCAUCGUUGAAUGGACAACCAUCAAUAGUAGUACCACCAACAACAACAAUGUAUCGUAAUGCUCCAUUAUUUACUCCACCACGAGCAUUAUCACCACAAGCACCAACAUUUCAUAUGAUGCCAUCAGCACCUAUUCAAGUACCAGUUAAAUAUGAACAAAAUUAUUCAUCACAUAAUAAUACUGAAUCCGUAUCAUGUGAAGGUUCACCACUUGAUGGAAAUCAUAUUCAACCAGAUCGUUCGGAUACUCCACAUUCAAUGCAUAGUACAACAUCAAAUGAAUCAUCUGAUAGUGGCUAUUGUGGUUAUGUUGAAAGUUUUCCAUAUUAUUAUAAACUUAAUCGUUUAUAUAAAGCAUUAGCCAUACAAAAAGUUUCAAUAAAUUCAAAUCCAAUGGGAGGUAAAGUUGCAAAUAAUGCAACGGUGACACAUCAUCAUCAUCAACGUCGUACACCACAUCAUCAUCAACAACAACAACAUUAUUAUCAACAACAACAACAACAACAAUAUAAUAAUAUCAUUCCAUCCUCAUCAUCAUUAUCUACUUCUCCUCCAACACCAACUCCAAUGAAUAUAAAUCAAUUUGCAUCUUUUUAUAAUCAACAAUCAACAUACCUUCCAAUGCCAACAACAGUCGCUGAUAGUCGAAAAUCUAAGUAUUAA